AGAAGGAUACAGUGGUAUUUGGAAAAACACGAACGCCUGGAUCCCCGGCAAACGGGCUUUCGCGAAGCAAUGGGGACACAAGAUAGCCUCAGGUUGCUCUAUGAAGAGGUGCUGGCUGAAAAAGACAAACAAGACCCACGGCUCGUGGUCGCCCUGGACAUACGCAAGGCGUUUGAUUCAGUGCCGCACUGGGCAGUCGUCCGGGAGGCAAAAGCAUGCGGCAUCCGUGGAAGAACUCUGAACUUUAUACGAGACUUCCUGCGCGACAGGAGGUUCCAGGUGAAGAUCGGAGGGACCAUGGGCCCAGAAACGCCGAUUAAAAGAGGAGUGCCACAGGGGGCAGUUCUAUCGCCGACCCUUUUCAAUAUGGUAAUGGCGGGUCUCCCAGCUCGGCUUCGAGUCAUCGAAGGGCUGGGAUUCACCAUCUAUGCGGAUGAUGUGACGCUCUGGACCCGAGGGGGAUCCUUGGGGGAACAAGAGAGCACGAUGCAGCGGGGCAUAGAUGAAGUAGCCACCUACCUGGCAGAGGUGGGGAUGGAAGCGUCAUCAGAGAAAACGCAAUAUAUGAUGGUCGCUCGCCCUAGGGACCACAGGAAAGGAAUAGCAGGCUCAGUACGGCUAGAACUCAAUGGACAAGAAAUCGGCAAAAAGCCACAUAUCAGAAUCCUAGGAGUCACCUUCGAGCAGACGGCAAGAAGCACGAGAUGGAUCCCGGAGAUGGAAAAGACGUGGGCUCAGGGUCUCAAGCUCAUAAAGAAAACAACGAGUAAGUCCUGGGGAGCAGAUGAAAAGGCUCUACGUAUCCUCACAGAGGCCCUUCUCACGUCACGAGCACUGUACAGUUGCAACUGGCUGAAUCUCAACCAGACGCAAUGGAAAAAACUCGAGAGACUUAACAACCAGUCGAGGCGAGUAGUCACGGGCCUUCCCAAAUACACGCCACUCGAAAUGCUAGAAAAGGAAGCACAAAUGAACAACAUAAAAGACAGGGCCGAAACCCAAGCAAUCGCUCAGUUUCAAAGGCUAGAGCGCACUAAACAUGGACGUAGAUUCCUGCAAGACCUAGGAUACGAGACAAGCAACAAGCCGCCAUUGGAAGAGGCGCUACCUCCGUGGCAGGACGAGGUGAUAACGGAUCAUCGGCCUCUGCCUCAAGUUUUGAACCAAGGGAAGAGGGCUAGAGCCGCUAAGAUGCACGCGGCAUGGUGCGAAACACAUGCGCCAAACGAAGAAGUGCGGUACACCGACGCCGCAAAGAACGGUGACAAAGUGACAUCUGCCUGGCACGACGCAAGGAGAGGCAGGACACAAACCGAAUUACUGCCGUCGGGCACGACGGUGAGGGAGGCCGAAUUGAGGGCGAUAUUGGCGGCGGCCCAGGAUAUCGCAGGAAAGAGCGCGACGGCACCUCACGCCAGAAUUUUUACAGACUCGCAAGCAGCGAUUAACGCAACACGCAGCAGCAGACCAAAGAGCCGAACAAUAAAAAAGAUUAAGAAAGUGGCGACGGAGCUUCGCAUACGUGGCACCGACCUGCACAUCACAUGGCUUCCCGGGCACAGCGAAAUCCCCGGGAAUGAGAGGGCACACAGGGCCGCAGCGGAAGAAAUAGUUCACGGCUCCGCGACUGGCCCGACCUCUCAUUCUGAAACGAAUAACACGGUAGACCCGGAGGAACAGGCUGAACUUGCCAGGCAGGCGAGGAAGGCCUACCUCAGAGGGUUGCUGCCGUCACAAGAAGACAACAUGCCAACGAGCUAUACCAGAUGGGAAGCUGUCCGAGUCCGACGGAUCAGGACCGGAACAGCAUUGACACCGGCCAAACAAGCGAGCUUCGGGCUCGUCGACAUCGAGGGUUCCAGAUGCAAGGCCUGCGCUGGGAAGAACACCGCCACACUACGCCACCUCCUCUGGGACUGUGCAGGCCUGGAACGGCUGAGGAAGAAAGCGAUCCAAUCUCUUCGGGAAGAGGACAGACCGGCGACGCUCGAGGAGUGGUCCCGACCCCAGGGAACACCGCAGCACAGAAAAGCAGUCCUCGAUUCCCUGAUGAGCUACAUCAGGGAGACGGGGACCCAUCAUCACAUUUAAUUUUU